UUCCACCAAUUGAACUAUCCAUAUUACCCAACAGCAAUUCAUUACUCAAUAUUGAUUGAUACCCAUCUCUUUUUCUUCCCUAAAUUUCUAGGAAACCCGCAAAUUUUCUUUUAUGGUAUUUGGUUGAUUCUCACUUCCCACUCAAAAAAACUUUCCCCUUUUUCCCUCAUCUAACUUUCAGUUUUCUUGCCCCAAAGUCCACUCAAUCUCUUUCCAAUUACUGGGUUUUGGUUCUCCUUCAAUCGAUGCCCUUCUCUGCGCUUUUGGCUUAAUAUCAACAACCAUGGUGAUGCUGAACAGUUCUUUCGCUGCGUGGAUCAGCCGCUUAUUCGCUUGCAUGGGGGGUUGUUUUGGAUGCUGCACUAAACCCACACCUAUUAUUGCUGUGGAUGAGCCAUCUAAAGGAUUAAGAAUUCAAGGACGAGUUGUUAAGAAGCCUAGCAUAUCUGAUGGUUUUUGGAGCACAAGUACAUGCGAUUUGGAUAAUAGCACCAUUCAGUCUCAACGAAGCAUCUCGUCUAUCAGUACAUCAAACCUCACUCUCAGUCAUAGCAAUGUUGGUGGCAGUGUGAGCAGCUCUUCUGAAUUUGUAAACCAUGGUCUCCUUCUCUGGAAUCAGACUAGGCUGCAGUGGAUUGGAAGUAGUACUACCAAGACAACAGAUGAAACUCAACAAAGACAGAAGGCGAAAAUCAGUUGGCGUGCAACAUAUGACAGUUUACUGGGUACAAGACAGCCUUUUCCUCAUCCAAUUCCUUUGUCUGAAAUGGUGAACUUUCUUGUGGAAGUAUGGGAACAUGAGGGCCUAUAUGAUUGAAAAUGCUUUUGUUUUGGAUACAUUCCUUGAAUCUUUAGGAAGCUUCUCAGUACGGAUUGCAAAAGGGAAAAAAGGGGUGGUUUUUUUUUUUUUUUUUUUUUUUUCUUUAUCUUUGUCAAUGAUCCUACAUUUUUCAGCUGUACAAAUGUAUUUAACACCAUUGGCAUUUUAAGACCAAGAGAACAGAAGAAGCAACUGUCUUUGAUUGUGUUAAGUCAAUAUAUGGGCAUUCUUGAAAAUAUGGAAUCAUAUAGCCACCAAUUUCAAUGUA